CCGAGAUAUACAGCCUCUAUUCUGAUGAACCAGCCGGCUUGAUUUUUCAACCACUGCAAGUCUGCCCAUUUAAAAGCGGUGGGGAACUGAACGGUGAGGGAAGCAGAAGCAGAAGGUGUAUGAUGGCAAUUCUCCCAGACGAGCUGUGGAGGCGCGUCUUAGAAAUCGGGGGGUUCAGCUACAAAGAACUCUGCUGUAUAUCAAUGACCUGCAGGCGCCUCCACCGAUUAUCCGAUGAGGAUUUACUGUGGUCCCACCUCAUCUCCUCUGAUUUUGCUCCUCCUCAUCCCUCUUCUUCCUCAGCAUCCUUUAAAUCUCUCUAUAGACUCAGGUAUGAGAGAGAUAGGAAUAAGAGAAGAGCGGCCCAUCAAAGAGCGCUGUUGAGGAAGGAGAGCCAGAUCAUUGAACAUUCCAGGAAGCUUCGGGAUUUGGAGACCCAAUUGACCCAAGAGACUCAAAAAAGGCGAGCUACUCUUGUUGAACUCUCCAAUUUUCACAAGGUCAGGGAAGCUUCACUAGCACUGAAUGUCUGGCAGCCAGAGAUAAUUAGGGGUCGACAUAAACAAACAGUGGAGCAAUGUGUUGUACCAUCUGAAUCCAGGCUCCAUGCACUUGAAAUGGAGCUUAGGCUUUGCACGCAGCAGAUUUCAGGGCUAGAAAAGGUGUAUAAAGUUGAGAAACAAAGGCUUGGUUUGGCUGAGGAAGAGUUGCAAUCAAUGAGAUAUCACCCUUUACAAGAUCAUAAGCCAGUACAACCACUGAGUUCGGGGGAUGCUCAAUGUACUAGCAAGAGAAAAAAAGUUGAAAAGAUUUAAGGGUCAUUCCUUAGGUUAACUCGUUGAUUUUCUCGUGAACAGGCAGUAUGGGCCCUAGGUAAUGUAGCUGGUGAGUGGUGACUCACCAAGUUGCAGGGAUCUUGUUCUUGCACAGGGUGCUCUAGGGGCAUUGCUUGCUCAGCUAAAUGAAAAAUCAAAGUUAUCAAUGCUGAAUGCUACAUGAGCUUUAUCUGGCUUCUGUUGUGGCAACCUGCCCACACCUCUCAAACAGGUUCAUGGACUUGCUUUAACCAUAAAAUUGCAGAUGCAGUAGCACUAUAUGUCAGUUGAUGUAUCCCCCUCUAAGUGUGACAGUAACAAGAGCAAGCCUUUUUUUUUUCCUGAUGAAGGGCGCUUUACCAGUUCUUCAUCAACUUAUUUACUUGAAUGAUGAAGAAGUCUUAACAGAUGUUUGCCGGGCCAUAUCAUGUCUCUUUGAUGGCCCAAAUGACAAAAUUCAGCUGUGAUUGAAGCAAGUGUCUGCCAUCGACUUGUGGAGCUUCUGCUCCACCCAUCAGCUGCGGAUAUCACACCUGCCCUUCAGACUGUCGUUACAGGCGAUGACUCCCAGAUUCAGAUUCUUGGUGGCUCAAGGAUGUAUUAAACCGCUCUGUUAUCUGCUAAUAUGCUCACCUUGAAGGUCUUAGGAACAUUCUGAAGGUGGGUGAGGCUGACAAAGAAAUGGGAGCCUUCGAGCCUAUAUGGGAUCAAUCUUUAUGCUCAAAUGAUUGAUGAAUUUGAUGGAUUGGAGGAGAUUGAGAUUCUGAGGACCCAUGGUAAUAAUGAGAUUUGUCAGAAGGCUGUGAAGAUCUUGGAGAAAUAACAGAACCUGCACGGUUUUACUCUUGGGGAAAAUAAGCCUCCCGCUCUCCUUGGUGGCUUUGACUUUGGUUAGAUAGCGGGGCUUGUGUUAUCUGGCAGCGUAGUUUUCUCCACCUUUAUUUGGUGAAUUCAAACCUAUUUUGAUUCCCCCUUCUGCCAAGCGCCCAAGUGCGAGGUUCUUUGUUUGGCAGAUACCAUAGUUAGUAAGCUGCAACCAGGCUUUUUACAUUUCCAUGUUUCUAGGAAAAAAGACUGCUACUCAUUGUGUUUAUGUAAAAUUUAGCUCCAUCUUACAUA